GGGAUCCGUCUCACAAGGCGACGAGUGGUUGGAACCUUUCCUCUCCUUCCCCUUCCCCUUCCCCUCCCAGGAAAGGCUGGGACCCGGCACCCGAGCUAUUCCGUGGCCGCUGCGGCCUCAGCUUCAGCCGGGCCGGGGUACGGAGAGUCCAGACCGCUUCCAGGGCGAGUGCUCCUGAUUGUGACAUCACAUCCAUCCCCUUGGCGAUGGAGCUUGUCACUAGGAAGGAAGACUCAGUCGGAGAAUAGCCAACAAGAUGGGUUACUGGGAGCGUCUCCUGAGUGGCACUGAGUGGAGGCAUCAGGGGGUUGGAGCCUUGUGAACAGGGAGCCUACCCCCCAACACUUGGAAGGACCUGGGUUUCAGUGAUGAGACAUGGGGUAUGAUGUAACCCGUUUCCAGGGGGAUGUUGACGAAGACCUUAUCUGUCCUAUUUGCAGUGGUGUCUUGGAGGAGCCAGUCCAGGCACCUCAUUGUGAGCAUGCUUUCUGCAAUGCCUGCAUCACCCAGUGGUUUUCUCAGCAGCAGACAUGUCCGGUGGACCGUAGCGUUGUGACGGUCGCCCACCUGCGCCCAGUACCUCGGAUCAUGCGGAACAUGUUGUCAAAGCUGCAGAUUGCCUGCGACAACGCUGUAUUUGGCUGUAGUGCUGUUGUCCGGCUUGACAACCUCAUGUCUCACCUCAGCGACUGUGAGCACAACCCCAAACGGCCUGUGACCUGUGAACAGGGCUGCGGCCUGGAGAUGCCCAAAGAUGAGCUGCCAAACCACAACUGCAUUAAGCACCUGCGCUCAGUGGUACAGCAGCAACAGACACGCAUCGCAGAGCUGGAGAAGACCUCAGCGGAGCACAAACACCAGCUGGCGGAGCAGAAGCGAGAUAUCCAGCUGCUAAAGGCAUACAUGCGUGCAAUUCGCAGUGUCAACCCCAACCUUCAGAACCUGGAGGAAACAAUUGAAUACAACGAGAUCCUAGAGUGGGUGAACUCCCUGCAGCCAGCAAGAGUGACCCGCUGGGGAGGGAUGAUCUCGACCCCAGAUGCUGUACUCCAGGCUGUAAUCAAGCGCUCCCUGGUGGAGAGUGGCUGUCCUGCCUCUAUCGUCAACGAGCUGAUCGAAAAUGCCCACGAGCGUAGCUGGCCCCAGGGUCUGGCCACACUAGAGACAAGACAGAUGAACCGGCGCUACUAUGAGAACUACGUGGCCAAGCGCAUCCCUGGCAAGCAGGCUGUUGUCGUGAUGGCCUGUGAGAACCAGCAUAUGGGUGACGACAUGGUGCAGGAGCCGGGGCUUGUCAUGAUAUUUGCGCAUGGUGUGGAAGAGAUAUAGGAGAUCUCGACGGGCUAGCAGGAAGAGAUGGCAGUCAGAAAGCCCAUCGCUCCAGCAGCUGGUCCCUGAGUCCUCCCUACUACCCAUAGUACUGUGGCUUACACACGGGCCACAUGUUUCCCUGCUCUUCUGGCACUGAAGGGCCCCGGGGCACUUUGCUCAGCCUUUCAGGUGGGAAACACAGAUUCCUUCCUUUUACGUAAUUUCUUCCCCUAAGAUGUCUGUAAAUUUUCAGUCAGUUUGGAAAAGUCCUCACCUCUAUAUCUGUUUUCCUGCCUAGGGUCCCUGGUUCUAGAUAUUUUUAGAAAGCACAAAGAAUUUUCUCUAGAGGAUCAGGGUGGAGUGAGGAAUAUCUAAUCGUUCCCCCUCCUCCAAAACCAGGGAAUCAGAGCAGGCAGGCCUGUUGACACUAAACAGCACUUAGAGGGCAGCUCUGGGGAGCAGACAUCCUGAAGAAAUGGUAAGGGUGGAAUCAAAACCCUAGAAAUAAAUAAUGAGGCCAGUAACUGGCCCUUAGGGAGAGACUGGACCUCUGUGCCAAGCAAUACUCUGUCCAGCCCACCUUACAGGUGCAGGCUCCUGCUGGUUCUGCAGGUGUGCAGGUUAGGAUGCCGAAAAUUUCCAGAUGAGCUCUUCUUUCCUACAUUUUCUCAUAAUUAGGGAAUGACAGGGUUGGGAGUAGGGGAUUAGUCUGUUGAGGUGGAUGUGUUCAGCAAGAAGCAGCUCUCUGGCUUUUGCUGAAAUCAGGUAGGCACUGCCUCUGGCAUGGGCCGUAAUAGUUCCAUAGACCCCUCUCCAGCCCUGUGAUUGUAACUAGUUAUUUUGAUAAUUUCCUUUGGCCAUUGUUUGUAUUUCCUUCUCUCCCUCCCCCCCCCACCUUUUUUUUUUAGAAUGGCCUGGUUAUGGCUACCCUACUUUUCCAGUCCAGCCACAUUGUUGGCAAUCUAAUUUAUUUACUUUUUUUUUUUUUUUUUUUUUUUUUUUUAAGAAAGGAAAAAGAAAAAAAAAUUAAAGCUUAAAACUUUCUUUUGAUAUUCCUAUUGUGGGGGUUCUGGAUAGGGUGGGAUGGGACAGGGAUGGGAUCUGUUUUAUAUUUUUCCUUUUCAGCACAAUCUUUGGCUUUAAUAUAAGAAGGGCCCAAGGGAGUCCUUGGCUGAACUUAUGUCUGCCCCAACCCUCCAUAACCCCAUCUGAGAUGAGACGCUUCUUUUGUUAUUCCAGUGAUGGAUGUGACAGUCCAACAUCAAUGCCUGUGCCCUCUGAACUUUGCUCCAGUCCUUCCAGGGGUCUCCUUGUAAAACUCUGUAUUAAUUUUGAAGACCUUGCCAUCCCCCCAACCCCCAGUUUCCUUGGAGAUACAUAGUUGGAUUCUAAGCUUCACCAGGCAAGAUGGGAGAGACAUGAUAUCUCUGUGUCUCUGAGUACAGGCUGUGCAUUGUCUUACCCAUGCCCUCUGAGAACUUCAGCUCCAUUUUAGGCUACCCAGGCAUUCCUUGAUCCCUAGCUAGGGUGGCUAGUAGAGCUAGAGAAGGGGAGGGAUAGAGGGUGUGAUUAUUCUAAUAUACCAGUGGGAGUGGGGUUGAAGACAUAUGGCCAUAUAACAGUUUCUUCUCUCUUUGGAGUUUUAUUCCGGGCCAGCUUGCCUGCUAUAGGUCUGGGGAGUUGGGUCAUGGCUCCACUGGGAAUGGGGUGGAGGGAUACAGCUUGAAGGGAGUAGGGAACAGUCCUGUGUUCCAGCUCCAGGACAUUGUGCUCAGGAAUUUGAAAACGCUGCUAUACUUAGUCUGGUUACUACAUUUCUUCCACUCCCCUCUGACCCUGCCUGCCUUAUUGAGGCCCAUACUCUCCUGUCAUCACCUUCAGACAGAGCCAGGAAGCUCAGUUAAGGCUUCCCUCCCCUUUGCACUAGUGUCUCUGCGGGUUGCUGGUUGUGUUAUAUGUGCUGUUCCAUGGUGUUGACUGCACUAAUAAUAAACCUUUUACUCAACUCUCAAUUCUUAAUUCAACAUCACUCCCCUUCUUGUGAUGCUUUCUCCUCUGCUUUGCCCUUUCUCUCACCUUGAUUCCCCUUAUUUCUUGCUUUAUAACCUACGUUUGUCAUAGAACUAACCUCUGUUUUAGGAGGAUGUCUGUCUGGGAGUGUGCACCUCACUUUGCUCUGUGUGCUCUCCUCCCACUUUCCCUCCUGUUCUGUAGAAGCCAACAUGUUCUCUCCAGUGACCUGAACUGUGUUUUUUUUUUUUCCCAGGGUUUGCCUUUGCCCAAAUUCCAUGUCUUCCCUAAGUGUUCCUGGGGUUUAGGACAAUUUCAACAGAAGAGAUGCAUGUACCUUUCUCCAUUGUCCCACAAGCACCUUUGCUUUGGAAUCUGGGAUUCCAUCGCAGUCAGGGAUGCCUCCACUACCCAGUGUCUCCUAGCCAGGGAAGUAAAUGUGAGGAAAGGAACCUGGAAUGAUGGAACCUGGUGUGGUUGUCAAAUCUUGAUAAACCCUUUCACAGGCAUCUGCUGCCACCUUCUCCCUGCCAUGAGAAAAAGAAAAUCUUUUUCCCCCAGUAGUAUAUUUGCAAUUUGUUGAGCAUUUAUGAUGCACUUCCUGUAAAUCCAUGAAUACCCUCGAUACUCUGGUGUGUGGUUAAAAAACAAAAGGGCAUAAGGACAUUCCUGUGCUCUGAAUCUGCUACACUUUCAUGUGCACAAGGUCUGAUUCUAAAACACUGGUGAACACAUACAUACGUACACUAUAUAUAUAUAUAUAUAUAUAUAUAUAUAUAUAUAUAUAGUGUCUAGUGAUACCAGGAGUGCUUUUUUUUUUCCCCUGAAGCUUAUUCAAAAUUACUUUCAGAACCUGUUGCUCAUUCUUGUGAAUGUCACAAAUGGUGCCAAAUCAAUCUUUUAGGGUAUUUUGGUUUUUGGAAACAAUAUUCAUUGAAUAUUCUGCAAGGAACUCAGGUGGGGAUGGGUGUCAUGUAGCACAAUGGCACCUACUUUCAAAGAAUGUAUUCCAUAAUGGAGAUAAGUAUAUAGGAAUAAUAAAUGUGGUAAGUAGAGCUAUAAGCAAUAUGUGAGCAGAGGGAAGAUAAAGGCACCGAUUCUGAUGGGUACCAGGAAAUACUUGUUUAGGAGAAGUGGUAUUUAUUCUAGAUCAGAGGUUGGCAAACUGAAGAUUGCAUCCCGCUGCCUGAUUCUGUAAAAAUGUUUUACUGGAACCCAGCCAUGCCCAUUUGUUUAUGUAUUGUCUGUGGCUGCUUUGAGAUUAUAACAGCAGAACUGAGUAGUUGCCACAACACUAUGACCCACAAAACCUAAAACAUUUGCUACUUGGCCCUAUAGAAAGUUUGCCAGCCCAUUGUAGACUUUUAAAGUCAGGAGAAUGGGUGGGGAAAUAUAGAGGGUUGGUUUUGAUUCUUUACUUCAGUGUGUUAAUUUGAAGAAUUGGAACAUUUUCCUACAUUGCCAACAUAACAUGCUUAAAAUUAACAAUCUAUAUUCACACUUCCCUAACUGGUUUAAGAAAGUACUUUUAGAGCUAAUUUUUGUCCAGCCCUGGAUCCAAUCCAGGAACCAUGUAUUAACUAUCUCUUGCACUCCUGCAACAAUCUUUUUUGUAACACUGAUUUGUUGAAGAGAUUGGGCCAGUUGUCCUGGAGAGUGGUCUUUUUGGAUUUGAUUGAUUGCUUCUGCGCGGUGCCCUUUAACUUCCUCUACCCUAUUUUUGCUAAACAGAAUUUGAUCCAGAGCCUGAGAGAUUCAAGUUAAGUAGUUCUGAGGAUAGAAGACAUCACAGGAGAGCUGUUCUAUGUU